ACCUCGAACGCACUUAUACUCUUGAGGAAUUUGAAUACAUCAACAGCCAACUAAAAAAUCAUACCUUGGAAAUUGACGGGAAGCCUAUCAACCUCUUUGAGCUCGACGAAAACGGAAAGCUAAUUCCAAUGCCACAAGCAACUAUCAAUAUGGAAGCUGUUGUUACGGAAAUUGCUGCCCAGCUCCGUAACUGGAAUGUAUAUACUCGUCAGGGCGGUGUUGUUACUACCUCCCAAGGAGGGUUUAAAUUUGCCACUGAGGAUUCUGAGGAUGAGAUUACAACGCAGGCUGGUAAAAAGAUUAGAGCACCGGAUGUUUCCUUCACGCCCAAAGACAUAUAUCGUAAUUUGGAUGAGCAACAACUUUGGACCUUCAAGGGUGAAGCUUUCACUCCUAUAUUUGUAGUCGAAGUUGUGGACAUCGGAACUGAUACAACCAAUUCAGCUUUUAUUAAAGCGGAUAAUAGGUUUAAAGAUGAAUACUUUGAGGAUGGCACAUCGGUCCAACUCG